AUGUCGAGUGACGACCAUCGUGGUGGAUGCGAGACGUUGUGGAGCGCCGAGCGUCAAACCUCCACUGGUUCUGAACCUGGAGCGCUUACAAAUUGGACCGCCCCACCGAUUCUAUACCGCCUGCAGAAAGAGUCUAAUACCGCCGCCACGGAGAAUCGAGGCGCUACGGCGUUGAGGACUUACGAGAUUGUAGAUGAUCCCAACAGCAUGGCAGUCUUCGUGGUGACACCUUCUGGCUCGUCGACUGAGGGAGAGAAUUACGAUGCGACGAUCAUGAUCAGCCACAGGAAGCUGCGUACCUUGUUCAAGAAUGCCGUAGACUGGUACCUGAUCGCGAAAGGGUUUGACCCUAACCAAACCCGACUCUAUCGGCUCGCGCAGAUCAUGCCCCCGAGCGCGACGCGGCCCAACGUCGAAUGGAGAUACAUGACGUUCCACCUACCGGACGAUCUGGAUAAUCAGGCGCCAGUAACUCGGAUGUUAGAUCGCAUGGACCGCAACAGCGUCAAGGAGUGCUGGGCGUUCAUCAGGCGCAAGUUGUUGCAUUUGAGCGCUAUCUUUUUCAUCGCAUUCGUCACAUUGUUUCUUCUCCUUGCCUAG